CGGCACGGGCCCGCGAAAAGCCGUCCGUACCGAGCCGGCACCGCAGUUACGAGCGGACCUCUGAACGGAGCGGAACUAGCAAGUCCGCGAAACAUCCCCCCAGCACGAGAUGGGCCUGCCGCGAAUCAGAAGUCUAGUGGCACCGUUGUGCUUCCUACUGUUGGCCAGCAGCUGGCUAGUGAGCGAUGUAGCCUGUGCGAAGAAGGCGGCAGCGAGUGUGCCGGCCGCGGCCCCCGAGGCCACGAUCGAGGAAGUUUCGGCGAAGCAGCUGGAGCGGUUACUAGAGGAUAAGGAUUACGUUGCGGUGUACUGGUAUGCCCGUAGCUGUACAACCUGUGACACAGUAUUAGCAGAGCUAGAGCACAUCGACGAUGAUACCGAUUCGUUCGGUGUCGACUUUGUGAAAAUCAACGACAAACGACUCGCGAAACAGUAUGGCAUCACCAAGUUCCCGGCCCUCACCUACUUCAGGGAGAAGGAACCGAUCAUCUACGAGGGCGACCUUAUGGAUGAGGCCGGUGUGCUCGACUUCCUCACCUCCCUAGAAGCGAUGGAUCUGCCCGACCGGAUCGAGGAAGUGAACGCCAAGAUUCUGUCGAAGAUCAUCGAAGACUCCGACUACGUUGCGGUGCUGUUCUGCACUGAUCACGAAAACUGCCCACCCGGAAACAACAACAAGCCGGAAUGCAAGAAGUGCAUCAAGGCGCUGCAGGAGCUGGAAAACAUCGACGACGAGGCGGACCAGCUGGACAUUGGAUUCGUGAAGAUUCACGACGAAGAUCUGGCCGAGGAGUACAACCUAGGCCCACUGCCAAAGCUGGUCUACUAUCGCCACCAGACUCCGAUCGUGUACGAGCACGAGCUGCAGCGUGAGGAGGACGUGCUGGAAUGGCUGGUCGAGAACAAGGCCACCGGUGACGAUGAUGAUGUCAUCGAGGAGGUCAACGCCAAGACGCUCAAGACUCUGAUCCAGAACAUCGACAAUCUGGUCGUGCUGUUCUUCGACGAUGAAGAUGAAGAUUCGGAAGCGGUGCUGGCAGAGUUGGAAAACAUCGACGAUGACUGCGCCAAGCACGGUAUCCAGUUUGUCCGGAUCGACGACCCGAAGGUCUCGAAGGAAUACGGCAUCGAUGAGGUCCCAGCGAUCGUAUACUUUGAGAAGCAGAUUCCCAACGUCUACGAUGACGAUCUUACCGACGAGGAGGAGAUCCUGGAAUGGUUGCUCUCGCAGCUGGAGAAGGACGAGAUCGAGGAUGUUACCGACGAGAUGCUGGACAAGCUGAUCAAGGAAGGCAAAUCGAUCGCCGUUCUGUUCUAUGACAACAAUGACAAGAAAUCGGAAAAGGUGUUGAACGAGCUCGAAAACAUCGACGAUGAGUGCGAUCAACUCGGCAUUAACUUUGUCAAGAUGGAUGACGUCGAGGAGGCGAAGGACUACGGUGUCACCAAGUUCCCGAAGCUAGUCUACUUCGAGCAGGGCAUCCCGACCGUGUACGAGGGUAGCCUCGAGCAGGAAGAGGACGUGCUGGAUUGGCUGGAGCGUCAGACGAGCAGCGACGAAAUUGAGGACGUUACGGAUGAAAUGCUGGACAUGAUCGUGGAGAAGAUGCAGCAUGUUGCUGUGCUGUUCUACGACAAGGACUCGAAGACGUCCCAGAAGGUGUUGGCUGAGCUGGAGAACAUUGAUGACGAGUGCGAUCAGAAUGAUAUUGCCUUCGUCAAGAUCGAUGACGACAAUGAGGCCAAGGAGUGGGGCAUUGAGGAACUGCCUACUAUGAUUCUGUUUGAGCGCGGCAUUCCGCACAUCUACGAAGGUGAUCUGCUGAAGGAGGAAGAGCUGCUCGGCUGGCUGGUGCAUCAGAAGCGUCACUCCGAAAUUCCUGAAAUCACCGACGAGAUGAAGGACAAGCUGAUGCAGAUGUACGAUCACGUUGCUAUCAUCUUCUACGACAAAGACGACAAGCAGGACAUCCGCGUGCUGAACGAGCUGGAAAACAUUGACGAUGAGCUGGAAAAGGAAGAGAUUGUCAUUGCCCGUCUCGAUAACGCCGAGGAAGCGCGCGAGUACGGUCUCGACCAUCUGCCCGCCCUGGUGUACUUCGAGAACGAAAUCCCGGCCAUCUACGAGGGUGAUCUGAUGAACGAGGAGGAAGUGCUCGAAUGGCUCAAGCUGCAGAAGUACUCGGCCACCAUCGAGGAGGUGACGGACGAGAUUCUGCAGGAUCUAAUCGACGAUCACGAGUACGUGUGCGUGUACUUUAGCGGCGCUUGCGAGGAGGGUGAAAAGUGCGACAAGAUUCUGGACGAUCUCGAAAACAUCGACGAUGAGCUGGAUGAGGCCGGCAUCAUCUUUGUUACCACCGAAGAUAUGGUCACUGCCAAGAAGUACAACAUCAAGAACCUGCCAUCGCUGGUGUUCUUCCGCAACAAGGAUCCGCUGAUCUACUCGGGCGAUCUGAACGACGAGGAUGAGGUUCUGGCCUGGCUGACCGAUGAGGAAACGCUCGAAAUUCCCGGCAAGAUUGAGGAAGUGAACAUCAAGAUGCUGGAGAAGAUCCUGUCCGAAAACGAGCACAUUGUUGUGUUCUUCUAUCAUGACGAUGACAAGAAGGCCCAGAAGAUCAUUGCCGAGCUGGAAAACAUCGACGACGAGUGCGAGGAGAAGGACAUCGAUUUCGUCAAGACGUCCGACGAAGACAUCGACAAGGAGUACGAUCUCGAAACGCUGCCCGCCCUGGUGUUCUAUCGCAACAAGUUCCGCACGAUCUACACCGGCGACAUGAUGAAGGAGGAGGAGAUCCUUGAAUGGGUGCUGGAGCAGUACAACACCAAGCCCGAGAUCAUCGAAUCGGUUGACCGCAAAACGCUGCAAGUGUUGGUAAACGAGGUUGAACAUCUGGCUGUACUGUUCUACGAUGACGACUGCGAAACCUGCCCCAAAAUUCUUGAGAAGCUGGAAACCAUCGAUGACGACACGGACAAGCACCACAUCCAGUUUGUGAAGGCUAACGAUGAGAAGCUGGCCCACGAGAUCGGAAUCUUCUCGUUCCCGGCCCUGGUAUAUUACGAAACCGGCGUCCCGAUUAUGUAUGAUGGUAAUCUCAAGAACGAAAAACGCAUCUUGCAGUGGCUAAUUGAUCACAAAAACAAUAAGCUACCGAAGCCGAAACUUCGCAAACGCUACACCGACGGUGUGGAAGAUCUCGAUCGCGAGGAUCGUAUCGAUAAGAAGCGCUCCGGUGGCAAGAAGCUGAAGCCCAUUCCGAGGCUGGAUGCGGUAGAGCAGCCGAAGGCACCCGGUGCAGGUGCAGCCACCUCUGGCAAGGACUCCGGCAAGAGCAAGACGACCAAGUCCGCUCCGGCCCCGGCGCCGCCGGCUAGCAAGUCCGGCAAGAGCGGCACCGGCAAGGCUGCCCAGUCACCCUCCAAGGGAUCCAACGUUGCGAAAAAGACUACCCGUGAUGUCGAUGAUGACGAAGGUGACCUGCUGAACGAAUACGACGUGCUGGAUUGGAUGCACGGACAGAAGACGGACGAAAGCAUCCAGGAGGUGGAACGAGACGAACUGUUAAGCCUGAUCGAUAGCCAAGACUUCCUCGGGGUUGUAUUCUAUGUCGAGGACGAUCCCAACACGCCCAAGAUUCUGCGCCACAUUGAGCUGAUCGAUGACGAGGCGGCCGACUAUGGCAUUCUGCUGGUGAAGUGCAGCGACCGUCUGAUGGCGAAGAAGUUUGGCUUCCGCAACCCGCCCGGUGUGACCUACUUCCGGAAGGGAAAAUCGAUCAACUACGACGGUGACAUCGACGACGAGGAGGAACUGCUCGACUGGCUGACCGAUCCGCACAACAUGGAGAUGACCGACCACAUCGAGAAGGUUAACCGAAAGAUGUUCCAGAAGAUUCGCCAAGCAUCGGACUAUUUAGCUGUGUUCUUCUAUAGCGACGAUUGCAAGCAGUGUCCACGCGUGCUGGCCGAAAUCGAACACAUCGAUGACGAGGCGGACGGUGCCGGCAUUAACUUUGUCAAGAUCGACGACAAGCAGAUGGCAAAGGAGCUCGGUGUGUACGCGCUGCCCGGUAUCGUUUUCUUCAAGCUGUCAUCAAAGGAACCUGUCAUCUACGCAGGCGAUCUUAACGAUGAAGACGAAAUCUUGAACUGGCUUAUGACACAGAAGAACCCCGGCGGUGACGUCAUCGAGGAUUUGGAUGGACCGAAACUGCUGGCUCUCAUCGAAGAUUCCAACGCACUGGCUGUGUACUUCUACACGGACGAGUGUGAGCAGUGUUCGGGUGUGCUGGAAUCGCUGGAAAACAUCGACGACGACUGUGACCGACAUGGCAUCAUGUUCGUCAAGACGGACGAUCUCUCGAUCGCGGAACAGUACGGCAUCUCCGAGUACCCGGUGCUGGUGUACUUCGAAGACAACGUGCCGAAUGUGUUUGAAGGUUCCUUGGAUGAGGAGGAAGAAGUCCUGCAAUGGUUGAUCACGCAAAAGACCGAAGAUCGCAUCGAACUGAUCACGCGCGUCAUGCUGGAAUCGAUGGUGGACGAAACGCAGUACCUGGCCGUGUACUUCUACAAAUUCAAAUCACCCUCGUACUGCCGAAGUUUUUGUUCCGCGGAAAACAUCCGCAAGCGAAAGGAAUUUGCACGGGAAGGAAUUUCAGACAAGAUCAAUUGCAACAUUUGCGAUCAGAUCCUGGAGGGUUUGGAGGUGAUCGACGACGAGCUGGAUGUGUUCGGUAUACACAUGGUAAAGAUUCAGGAUCCACAGCUGGCGAAGCGCUACUCCAUCAAGACAUUCCCGGCGCUGGUGUACUUCAGAAACGGUAACCCACUGAUCUACGAGGGUGAUCUUCAGAACGAGCAGUCCGUGCUGGAGUGGCUGGUGGACGAUGACAACCGUGAGCUGGCGGACGAGAUCGAGGAAGUUAACGAGCGUAUGCUGGAUCGGUUGAUGGAACAGUCGCCACUGCUGUGUGUGUUCUACUACGAUGAAGACUGUGCCGAGUGUGACGACAUCCUGGAGGAGCUGGAGCUGAUUGACGGUGAGGUGGACCUGUACGGUAUCGACUUUGUCAAGGUGGCCAGCCUGGACGCGGCACACAAGUAUGGCGUGACGACGAUCCCGUCCCUGGUGUACUACCGCAAGCAGAUCCCGAUGCUGUACGACGGUGACAUGCACGAUCACGAGCGUGUCAUGAACUGGCUCACGUCGCAGGACGUGUUCGAGAUCAAGAACGAAAUCGAGGAGGUGAAUCGCAAGAUGCUGAACAAGCUGCUGGACGAGAACGAAUUCUUGGCCGUCUAUUUCUUCGAGGAAGAUCACGAGGAGAGCGAGGCCGUGCUGGAAAGGCUCGAGCUGAUCGACAGCGAAACGGACAACCUGGACAUUACCUUCGUCAAGAUGGGCGAUCCGCGGUACGCGCGCAAGUGGGGCGUCACCAAGCUGCCCGCGAUCGUGUACUUCCGCAAGCGCUUCCCCAGCAUCUACCGGGGCGACAUGUACGACGAGCAGGACGUGCUCGAGUGGCUGCGCAAGAACCGAUUCCGCCAGCCGGAGCUGAACAUCUUCAUGUACGCACUGAUCGCGCUCGGACUCGGGUUCGUCAUCUACACUGCAUUUUUGCUACAGUGCUUCAAGCCUGCCCCGCCCGCACCGGUACCGCAUCCGAAGCAAAACUAAUGCUAGCGAACCGGCCCGGCGCACUCUCUCUCUUUAGGGUACAUAUUCUUCCAGUGUAAGCGUUAGACAGACAGAGAAAAAAAUGCAGGCGAACAAUCAAACGCAGCUACGAUCGUUAGUUGAUCGUGCUCGAUAGAGUGUGGACAAAAGUGGCGGGGCACAAGAAGCGGCAGCGUGAGAUCCAUAUUCGAAGAGGCGGACAUUUGUUGGGUCGAUCUUUUCCCAUUUUUUUUGUGUGUAUCCUUCCCUCUCUCACCAACCUCCGCCGUUCCAUUGAUCCACAGAACAACUGCCCCGGAAAAGCAGACACCGAACUAAGCAAGAAGAGAUGCGAAGAUGAGAUAAAAUGGUUUAAUUUUGUUAUGGUAAAACAAAGCAACGUAUGCAAACAGUGGAGAGGAGCUGAAGCGGCAGAACAAGAGAAGAAAAACAAACAAAACAGACCAAAGAUGAGCAAUAAACAAAUUGAUCGAUAAAUUACAACAUGUUCUUCGCUGUGAUCAUGAUGAUGAUAAAGAUGAUGAUGAAGAUGAUAAUAACGAACAAGACGACAUAACCCAUAACGUUAAAGCAAAUCCCUUUGGGGGUGAAAAACAAACAUAAAACAAAAGCAGGAUAAAGUAGCUGAAAACAAAACUUGUAUCCUUUUUUUGGUAAAAAAGAGAGAAAAAUUGUGAAACAUAGAACCAAAAAAAAAAUGUAGAGGAUGAACACACGAAAUCGUAUUGAACUGUGCUAUUGACACGGACCUGCUCACAAUGCAUGCAUUUUUAUUCCAUUUCGGAGAAAUUCAACGUGUAACGUUAACGUAGCACAACGUAACGUUAACGUACUGCAGGAAGAAGCUCAACCGCGCAUCCCACAGCGUGUCGCGGAUGUUUUACCGUUCAGAGGGAGAGAAAUACACGGCUCACGAUAUACUUUACCCGUUUUCACUGGGUUCCAUCGCACGUGCACCACACGAUCGAGGAUGUGUGUCCCUCUUUUGCCAACAGCACGCGUGUGUAAGUGUGUGUGUGUUUAUGCAAAAACGUGCUGCAUCACAUCCCGAGUGUUUAGUGUGUGUGUGUGUGGGCGCACGACAGUGCGAACAACAAUUUGCGAAAAGACACUACCGAAACGACAUGAGAUACUGACGACGACAAAACGACAGGCCACCAGUUUCAGAGGUAGCGCCAGCUGCUUCAGCCAAAGCAGCUGUCUACUGUUGUGUGCAACCUGUUAGAAGUUUAGUAAUUUAGUAGAAAGGGUUUUGUUUCCGUUUGACCUUCUGCUGUUGUGUUUGUGCCCUUUACCGAUUAGUUUAUUUAAUUAAAAAAAUAUGUUGUCUGUGUUUUUUUUGUGUACUGUUUUGUGCUCUUUCUGUCUCUGUAUCCUGUUUAUAUAUUAAGACUUUUAAUGCCAGAAACUCUUCAUAGCCUCUUUUAAAUAAUGAUCCAAAAUGUUCUUUUGCUUGAUGUUACCAGCUUUCCUGUUUCCUGCAAAACAGUGCCAGAUUGACGAAAAAACGAAACACUGAUUUAAGAAAAAAAAAACAACUUGAAUGUAGUAAAAACAAACUGUAAUAACGUUAAACGAACAUUGAUAUGCCUCACAAAACAAAGUAAUAAUAAUGCGUCAUAAAUGCUGUAAAUAAAAUGCAAGCUUCCUCGUAAGUUGGUAGCAAACUAAAGCUGGACGAAAGACUAGUUGUUGUGCGUGUUUGUGUGUAGUAGUUUGAAUUCUCGUUAAGCAAUAAAACACACUCCAUUCACUA